AGCAUUACCAGUCAGUCAGUCAGUCAGUCUAUCGGUGCGACCGAGAUAGAGAGACAGUGCGAACGUGUGUAGUAUGAGGCUGCGCUGCUCUCGGUGCGAUUGGGUAUGAGUGAGAGUGGGGUAAACAGGUCGAGUCGAGUCGGGUCGGGUCGCGUACCUUUUGCACUGACUGUUCUAGGCAGUCAGGCACAAGAAGGCCUUUUGAAUAGUGGUACGCGGUGCUGUCUGUGUGCGCUUUUUUGUAGUCCGUGAUUUUUUGAGAUUCGUGCGACGGCAGACCGGAGAGUGAAUGUAACUUUCUACUGUAUGACGCAUCCGUAAUCUUACACUGGCCUGCGGCGACGGCUUAUCAGCUGCGACCCAUUGCGAAACGAUCUUUUGCCUUUCUUGCUUACGGUUCAUUUCCGUGUGCUCGCCGAUGUGACACCGGAUUGUAAUCAGUCGUGACAUAAACCGUGACACUGUGAUCCGUGAACGCGCGCGCGUUUGUUCGUUCGUUUGAUCUACCUUCCUGGCCUACUACGAUCGUGAGUGAGUGGGGAAUUAUUUCAAGUGAAACAUUUCGCGUUUUGUUCGUUCGACACGUGAUCCGGCAGUAAUUUCGAGACAUCACCGAAAAGGAAAACUUGGCACAAAACAAGAAAAAAAACCAGUGUUAUUGUUUUGUGAUCGGAGAAGGAAAACAGCACUGUUCUAUAAAAUAGCAAAAAAAAAUAUGAUCAUUGUGUGUUUGUGAUAAGACGAGGCUCAGUUUGUUUUUUGAUUUAGCUGGAGCCGUUGUUUUCAUUUUUCGUGUAAAACCAGAGUGCAUUCCGGGACAGUUCAUCCAUCAGGCGGAACGAUUUCUAGCGAUCCUCGGUGCUCUAAUCAGGAAAAAUUUUCCUCGACAGCGUAGGCCCCGAUUGUGGGGCCAAAACCGGUAGCAAUAUUAUAACGCACAACUCGCUCAGCAUGUACGGAGGCGGUGUCCUGUGCCCGUCGCCCUCGACGGCGACCGGGUUCUACAAUCCCCGAGGUCAGGGUUCCGAAAUCGGUGCCCUCGAAUUGGGCUUCCCUCGGGGGAUGGCACUGGUGCCUCCACCGCCACACGGUGCCUGGCGGGAUCCGACCUCGAUUGGAUCCCAUCUGCCCGUUUCCAGCACCAGUGAGGACAUUACGACUCUCGGCGGAGGCAGCGGUCCUCCGGCCGUGACAUCAAUGCAAUCCAAUUCUGCGGUAGAUAAGAAAGAUUUCAUAUCAUCGUCGGUAUCCGGCUCACAGCAUAAUGCCGGCAGUUUGGCUGUAUCGCAGCACAAUUCAGUCGAGAAGAAAGAAUUUCUAUCGCUCCAACAGAGCACCACACCGGGCUCGCAGAGUAUGAACUCCCAGAACGGGAGCCAACAGGACAUCAAGAAUCAGAACAUCGAAUGUGUCGUUUGCGGCGACAAAAGCUCCGGCAAACACUACGGACAGUUCACAUGCGAAGGUUGCAAAUCAUUCUUCAAGCGAUCGGUCCGGCGAAAUCUGACGUACUCGUGCCGUGGGAACCGGAACUGUCCGAUCGACCAGCACCACCGGAAUCAGUGUCAAUUCUGUCGUCUACGAAAGUGCCUCAAAAUGGGAAUGCGACGCGAAGGAAAGGACCGCAUUCCAUACUCAACUUCCAACAUUAGGCAUUUAUCAGCUGUGCAACGAGGUCGCGUUCCACCAUCGCAACCACCGGGGCUGCCGUACGGUCAAUACUCGAUACCGAACGGCGACGCCGUCGCCGGAUUCAACGGGCACUCGUAUCUUAGUUCCUACAUCUCACUGCUGCUCAGGGCAGAACCAUACCCCACCUCCCGGUACGGGCAAUGUAUGCAAACCAACAACAUCAUGGGUAUCGACAAUAUCUGCGAGCUGGCGGCCCGGUUACUGUUCUCGGCCGUCGAGUGGGCCCGCAACAUACCCUUCUUUCCGGAUCUCCAGGUGACCGAUCAGGUUGCGCUACUGCGGCUUGUGUGGUCUGAACUGUUCGUGCUGAAUGCAUCCCAGUGUUCGAUGCCACUACACGUGGCGCCCCUGCUAGCGGCUGCCGGUCUACACGCAUCGCCUAUGGCCGCCGACCGUGUGGUCGCCUUCAUGGACCACAUCCGGAUAUUCCAGGAACAGGUGGAAAAGCUGAAGGCGCUGCACGUAGACUCGGCCGAGUAUUCCUGUCUGAAAGCAAUAGUCCUAUUCACAACAGAUGCCUGCGGACUGUCAGAUGUAGCGCACAUCGAAUCACUGCAGGAAAAGUCCCAGUGCGCCCUGGAGGAGUACUGCCGGUCCCAGUAUCCCAAUCAGCCGACCCGCUUCGGCAAACUGUUGCUGCGGUUACCCUCGCUGCGGACAGUUUCCUCGCAGGUGGGUUCAAAGGUGAUAGAACAGCUCUUCUUCGUACGGCUGGUCGGUAAAACGCCAAUUGAGACGCUAAUACGAGAUAUGCUGCUCUCGGGUAGUAGUUUUUCUUGGCCUUACCUACCCUCAAUGUGACACACGGCCGUGUGGC